AUGUUUACAAAUGGUCUUCAUUUGACUGCAGCCAAUUUAGUGAUAUUCGCUGAAUUAUUUUGGAAUCCUGGUGCAUUAGUUCAAGCUGAGGAUAGAGCAUAUCGAAUUGGUCAAAUGGAUUCUGUGUUAGUACGUUAUUUGAUUGCUGAACAAACUGCAGAUGACUUUAUUUGGCCUCUUGUGGAGCGUAAACUUGAAGUAUUAUCCAAAGCUGGUCUAAACAGAGAGACAUUUCGAAUGACUGAUUCAAUAACAAGACUUAGUUCAAAUAAUACAUUAGAACAACAAAAAAUUCUAGAUUAUUUCAAAACAGAACUAAAUGAUUUUGAAGAAUGGGAGAAUUUCGACACUGUAUUACCAAUAAUCAAUGAAGACCGAAAUAGCAAUGCACAAUUUGAAAAUACCAAGAAACUUGACAAUCAUAAUACUAAUGAAAAUAAGCUUAAUCCUGCUCAACCUAAAAUGAUCACUAGUUUACUUCGAUCCAAAUCACAAUCAUCAUUGGCGAACAAUGAUCCAAUUGUCCCUAAUGAAAAUAAUACACGGAAACGUUUACUUGUUCCAUCCUCACCUGAAUCGAAUCAUUCAGAGACAUUUUCAAAUAAAGCCGAUCAUGAUGAUGAUGUUGUUGUUGUUGAUGAUGAUGAUGAUGUUGAUGUGAAUGCUGACCAUCUCGAUGAUGAUGAUGAUUUGAUGUGGGUUGACAAUGAUUUUAUCGAUCAAAUCGACGAAUCAGAUAUCACAGAUAAUAAUGCAGAAGAAUUUUCAGCCACUGAUGAUGAUUACUUGAUAUCGGAAGCUGUGAAAAUUGCUGAAGCCGUGGAAGUGGAUUGGUUAACAGAUAGUUUUGAUCAAAAAUGUGAAUAAUAUGAUUACUGAAAGCUCAUCUAUCAUGAUUUAUUACUUCUCUUGUUGUGUACAUAAUAUAUUUCUGUUUUUGUUUCUUUCAAAGAGAGAAGGAGAGAGAGAGUUGAUUAGAUUAUUUUAUUCUUGUAACACAUAUGUAAACAAUAUUGUCUACCAGAGAUUAUUAUUAUUAUUAUUAUCACUACUAUUUUUUUUGUUCAA